AUGGUGUGCCUGCUGAACUGCGUGCUGCUGGGAUAUCUGACCUGGAAUCUGCGGAUAUCGGACGCACAGGGGGAGUACUGCCACGGCUGGCUGGACGCUAAUGGGAAUUACCACGAUGGCUUCCAGUGUCCGGAGGACUUUGACACCAUGGACGCCACCGUGUGCUGCGGCUCGUGCUCGCUGCGCUACUGCUGCGCGGCCGCGGACGCGCGGCUGGACCAGGGCGGCUGCACCAACGACCGGGAGGUGGACAACACCGAGUUCGCAGCGCAGCCCAUCUACGUGCCCUUCCUAAUGGUGGGCAGCAUCUUCGUGGCCUUCGUUGUGGUCGGCUCUCUGGUGGCCGUCUACUGCUGCACCUGCCUGCGGCCCAAGCAGCCGACCCAGCAGCCCAUUCGCUUCUCCCUGCGUAGCUACCAGGGCGAAACCAUCCCCAUGAUCCUCACCUCGGCUCCCCCGAGCCUCCGUGCCCCGUCGCGACAGUCCAGCACGGCCACCACCAGCUCCAGCUCGGCCGGAGGAGGCAGCUCCAUGCGGAGGUUUUCUCUCGGAGGGCCGGGGGGGCAGCAGCAGCACGGCUGCCUGGUGUCGGCCACCGUCUCCUCGUCGGCCUCCACCCCAUGUCAGACCCCUCAGACUCUGCCUCCGCCUCCACCACCCCCCUACACAUCCCCACCAGCACCCAUGUCGGGAGGCAUGCAGCACCAACUGCCCUCCACCCACACCCAGCUGCAACUCCACCAGCCCUCUCAGAGCUUCCUGCUGCCACAGCAGUACUUCUUCCCCCUGCAACCAGACGCCUUCUCGGCGGCCAAGGGCUUCGCCGACUUCGGACAGAGCUGA